AAUCAGCUUACUGGCUUCCUUCCAUCAGAGAUUAUGUCAUGGAAAUCACUCAACAUUCUUAAUUUCAGUCGAAAUCAACUCUCUGGAGCCAUUCCAGCGGGACUUGGUCUUCUACCAGUCCUUACUGCGCUGGACCUUUCAGAAAACCAACUUUCUGGGCAAAUUCCAGCUCAACUUGGGCAUCUGACGCUCAGCAACUUCAAUCUCUCUUCCAAUCACCUAUCUGGGAAGAUCCCAAUUGAAUUUGAAAAUUCUGCUUAUGAUGGAAGCUUCUUGGACAAUCAAGGCCUCUGUGCAACUAGCCCCUCAGCAAAACUCAGCAUAUGUAAUUCUCAACCUCGAAAGUCCAGCAAAAUUUCGUCUACAUAUCUUGCAUUGAUCUUAACUUUGGGCAUACUUUUGUCCUUGUUGGCUUUGUCCUUAUCAUUCUUCAUGGUCAGAGCUUAUUGGAAGAGAAACAGAUCGGAUUCUGAUUGGAAGCUCACCGCAUUUCAGAGGUUGAAUUUCAGAGUGUCAAAAAUUCUCACAGGAUUGACGGAAAGUAAUUUGAUUGGAAGUGGCGGAUCAGGAAAAGUUUAUUGUGUUCCUAUCAAUCGUACAGGCGAUGUUGUUGCCGUGAAAAAGAUUUGGAAAGAUAAGAAGUUAGAAGAGAGGCUUGAAAAAGAAUUUCUUGCAGAAGUCAAGAUAUUGGGUUUCAUUCGACAUGCCAACAUAGUGAAGCUGAUGUGCUGUAUAUCCAAGGACAAUUCAAAACUACUUGUCUAUGAGUACUCGGAGAAUCGAAGCCUGGAUCGAUGGCUGCACAAGAGAAACAGGCCAUCCAAUCUCUCCAGGUCAGUCCACCAUGUUGUGCUGGACUGGCCUAAGAGGUUGCAUAUUGCAGUGGGGGCAGCUCAGGGCCUCCGCUAUAUGCAUCAUGACUGUGUGCCACCCGUUGUGCAUCGAGACGUGAAAUCGAGUAACAUCUUGUUAGACACUGAUUUUAAUGCAAAAAUAGCAGAUUUUGGUCUAGCCAAGAUGUUGGUCAAGCAAGGAGAACUUGCUACAAUGUCGGCUGUUGCUGGCUCCUUUGGCUACAUUGCUCCAGAAUGUGCUCAUACAAUACGAGUGAAUGAGAAGAUUGAUGUAUACAGUUUUGGGGUCGUCCUUCUGGAGUUGACCACCGGAAGGGAAGCUAAUGAUGGUGACGAACACACUGCUCUUGCCGAAUGGGCAUGGCACCAUGUUCAAGAAGACAACCCUCUUGCCGAUGCUUUGGACAAGGACAUCAACGAACCUUGCUACUUGGAUGAAAUGUGCUCCGUUUUCAGACUUGGCAUCUAUUGCACCGAGAAACUUCCUUCUGCUAGGCCUUCCAUGAAGGAGGUUCUGCAAAUCUUGCUCCGAUGCGGCCGUCCAGGAGUUCACAGAGAAAAGACUGAUUAUGUUGGUGCUCCUCUGCUCAAGAAUUCGAAGCGCGAGCAUGAAUACGGUGAUGGUAGUUUGCUUUCAACCAUAGCCGUUCAUAAUCCUUUACUUGUAACCAGUGUUUUCAAAGGCAUGCCUUCGCGCGCGACAGAGCGCUCGUCGGCGCGCGUCGGAGCGCUCGUCGGCGCGAGGCGGCAGGAAAUUGCCCGAGGCGGUCUGCUGUUUCGCUAG